UUUAAACAGAUUUCUGCUUGGCAGAUUAGCCAAAGGCAAGAGGGGCCAAUCUCUCUACGUUCUGAGUGCCGCCCUCUACAAGAUCCUCACAACAGAGCCAAGGCCCAAGUCCACUGUGCUACCAUACCCCCACCCCAGACAUUACUCUGGGGUCUGCCUGAGGCCAUCAGUGUGAAGAUGAUCAGUGUCUUCCUAGCAUGACGACCUUGGACCAUGUGAUUGCCACCCACCAGUCAGAGUGGGUCUCCUUCAAUGAGGAGCCACUGUUUCCUGUCCCUUCCGAGGGGGACACCGAAGAGCACCUCCCAGCACUCUCAUCUUACUCAGACCAGUCUGAGAGCUCCUCCGGAGAGAACCACGUGGCGGAAAGAGGCUCUCAGGAGCUUUCCCACUCGGAGCAGGAUGACUCCUCUGAAAAGCUGGGCCUCAUCUCUGAGGCGACCUCCCCUCCUGGGAGCCCUGAGCAGCCCCCACCUGACCUGGCCUUCGCCAUCAGCAACUGGGUUCAGUUUGAAGACGACAGCCCCUGGGCCAGCACAUCACCAUCUCAGAAGGAAACAGGUGAGACAGCCCUACCAUUGACCAUGCCCUGCUGGACGUGCCCUUCCUUCGACUCCCUGAGGAGAUGCCCUCUGACCUCCGAGAGCAGCUGGACCACACAUUCUGAAGAUACCAGUAGUCCUAGUUUUGAUCCCUCAUACACAGACGUGCAGCUCAUCAGUGCUGAGGAGCAGAGGAGUGGCAAGGCUUCUCAGGUUGACUCAGCUGACAGUUCUUCCUCAGUCCAGGAAGAUGAAGAGGUAGAGAUGGAGGCCAUCAGCUGGCAGGCCAGUAGUCCAGCCAUGAAUGGACAUCCUGCCACUCCACUGACCUCUGCUCGUUUCCCCAGCUGGGUCACUUUUGAUGACAAUGAGGUCAGCUGCCCUUUGCCACCCGUCACCUCUCCCCUGAAGCCAAACCCACCACCUAUUGCAUCUGGGAUCCCAGAUGUGCCUCAUCACUCAGCUGGGUCAUUUAAGAAGAGGGAACGUCCCAAGAGCACUCUGAUGAACUUUUCCAAAGUUCAGAAGCUGGACAUCUCAUCCUUAAGCCAUCCGCCUUCCAUAACCGAGGCUCCACCUUGGAGGGCAACCAAUCCUUUCCUGAAUGAGACUCUGCAGGAUGUCCAGCCCUCUCCUAUUAACCCUUUCAUUGCUUUCUUUGAGGAGCAGGAGAGGCGCUCCCAAAGCAGUUCCAUUUCCGGUGCCACAGGCAAGAGCCAAAGAGAUUCUCUCAUUGUCAUCUAUCAGGAUGCCAUCAGUUUUGAUGACUCAAGCCAAAACCAGUCCCACUCUGAUGCUGUUGAAAAACUCAAACAACUCCACAUUGAUGAUCCUGAUCCUUUAGGCAGUGUGACACUACCAGAUGAUGACCCUAUAGCCUGGGUUGAACUAGAUGACCACCCACCUGGUUCAGCACUGUCCCAGCCCAGGGAUGGGUGGCCAAUGAUGCUAAGGAUCCCUGAGAAGAAAAACAUCAUGUCAUCUAGGCACUGGGGUCCCAUCUACAUCAAACUGACAGACAGUGGUUACCUGCAGCUGUAUUAUGAGCAGGGUCUAGAAAAACCAUUCCGUGAGUUCAAGCUGGAGAUCUGCCAUGAAAUUUCGGAACCCCGGCUCCAAAACUAUGACGACAAUGGCAGAAUCCACAGCUUGCGAAUAGACCGUGUCACCUACAAGGAGAAGAAGAAAUACCAGCCCAAACCUGCUGUGGCCCACGUAGCAGAGAGGGAACAAGUGAUCAAGCUGGGCACCACCAAUUAUGAUGACUUCCUGAGUUUCAUCCGCGCUGUUCAGGACCAGCUCAUGAAUCUGCCAGUGUCGUCAAUGGACUUGAGCACAGUUGGCUUGAACUACCUUGAAGAGGAGAUUACUGUGGAUGUCAAGGAUGAAUUCUCUGGCAUUGUGAGCAAAGGAGACAACCAGAUUCUCCAGCACCAUGUCUUGACACGGAUCCACAUUCUGAGUUUCCUCUCUGGGCUGGCAGAGUGCCGCCUGGGCCUCAACGAUGUCCUCAUCAAAGGGAAUGAAAUAGUUUCCCGGCAAGACAUCAUGCCCACCACCACCACAAAGUGGAUCAAGCUUCAUCAAUGCCGUUUUCAUGGGUGUGUGGAUGAGGAUGUAUUCAACAACUCACGGGUUAUUCUGUUCAACCCUUUGGAUGCCUGCCGGUUUGAGCUCAUGCGGUUCAGGACAGUAUUUGCGGAGAAGACCUUGCCUUUCACACUCAGGACAGCAGCAAGCAUCAGCGGGGCAGAGGUGGAGGUGCAGAGCUGGCUUAGGAUGUCAGCCGGCUUCUCCUCUAACCGAGACCCGCUCACUCAGGUUCCCUGUGAGAAUGUGAUGGUUCGUUACCCUGUGCCCAGUGAGUGGGUGAAAAACUUCCGCAGGGAAAGCGUCCUGGGGGAAAAGUCUUUAAAAGCCAAAGUGAACCGGGGGGCGAGUUUUGGCUCAGCUAGUAUGUCUGGCUCUGAGCCUGUCAUGAGAGUAACUCUGGGAACUGCCAAGUAUGAACAUGCCUUCAACUCCAUUGUGUGGAGGAUAAACCGACUGCCUGACAAAAAUUCAGCUUCUGGUCACCCACACUGUUUCUUCUGCCACCUUGAACUUGGCUCUGACCGGGAAGUGCCUUCCGGAUUUGCCAAUCACGUGAAUGUUGAGUUCAGCAUGCCCACAACUUCUGCCUCCAAAGCCACUGUAAGAUCCAUCUCCGUGGAAGACAAGACUGACGUCAGGAAGUGGGUCAAUUAUUCCGCACACUACAGCUACAAGGUAACCUCGGGAGGCAUCUGGCUAAUGUGUCCAAGAUCAUUUGCUUGCCCCUCUCCUCUCCCCCCCCCCCGCCAUCUUGUUCCCUUUAGCAGCGCCUGCCAUGAAUGCAAGGUGUUCUCUUACUGCCUUAGAGAGAGGUAUACCACACAUGGCUGUGGAUGAGUCUGCUCUGAU